AUGGCCUCCCGGAGCCUGGGGGGCCUGGGAGGGGGCCGCGGCGGGGGCGGCGGCGUCAAGAAGAGCCUGAGCGCCCGCAACGCCGCCGUGGAGAGGAGGAACCUGAUCACGGUGUGCAGGUUUUCUGUGAAGACCCUGAUUGAUCGGUCCUGCUUUGAGACAAUUGAUGAUUCUUCUCCUGAAUUUAACAACUUUGCAGCCAUUUUGGAACAGAUUCUAAGUCACCGACUGAAAGAGAGUUCCCAAAGUUGCCGGUGGCUGUCUCAUCUGCAAAUACCUCUCCAAGGUCAAGUAACCUGGUUUGGUUAUGGAAGUCCUCGUAGCUUCUGGGACUAUAUCAGAGUGGCUUGCCGGAAAGUUUCACAGAACUGUAUCUGCAGCAUUGAAAAUAUGGAACAUGUCAGUUCCUCCAGAGCUAAGGGUAGAGCCUGGAUCAGAGUAGCACUCAUGGAAAAACAUUUGUCUGAAUACAUCUCUACAGCUCUGAGAGACUUCAAAACAACCAGGAGAUUUUAUGAAGAUGGAGCAAUUGUCUUGGGUGAGGAAGCAAAUAUGCUUGCUGGCAUGCUCCUUGGACUCAAUGCUAUUGAUUUCAGCUUCUGCCUAAAGGGAGAAAGAUUGGAUGGCAACCUUCCUGCUGUAAUAGACUAUAUACCAUAUUUGAGGUUUACCCAAAGUUCUGAUAGUAUCAGCAGUGACGAGGAAGAACUGAGGACUCUGGGAAGCAGUGACAGCGAGAGCAGCACUCCAGAGAAGGCCGGGCCUCCAGUCAUCAUGGAUGAGAACAGUUGGUUCAACAAGUGUAAGAGAGUCAAACAGAAGUAUCAGCUCACCCUGGAACAGAAGGGUUAUCUUGAAGAACUCUUACAACUUCGAGAGAACCAGCUGUCUGAAUCUGUUGCUCAGAAUAAAAUACUACUACAGAGGAUUGAAGAUUCUGACCUGGCUCAUAAACUGGAGAAGGAACAAUUAGAAUAUAUAAUUGUGGAGCUUCAAGAUCAGCUGACUGUGCUAAAGAAUAAUGAUUUAAGAUCGAGACAAGAGUUAACUGCCCACCUCACCAACCAGUGGCCUUCCCCAGGAGCUCUGGAUGUCAAUGCUGUUGCCUUGGAUACGUUGCUUUACCGAAAACACAAUAAACAGUGGUAUGAAAAAAGUUAUCAGAGCCUUGACCAGUUAUCAGCUGAGGUUAGCCUUUCUCAGACUUCACUGGAUCCAGGUCAGUCACAAGAAGGAGAUGGAAAACAAGACACAUUAAAUUUAAUCAGUGAAGGUAAAGAAGAUACUCCCUCGUUACUUGGCCUCUGUGGGUCUCUAACAUCAGUGGCAAGUUACAAAUCUCUAACAAGCCUAAAAUCGAAUGACUACCUUGCAAGUCCUACAACAGAGAUGACAAGUCCAGGUCUGACUCCAUCCUGA